AUGUCACCUCCCACCCCGAACCACCGCUCCGACAUGGCACUCCUCGGCGACUCAAUCCAGAUCCUCACUGACCGGCCCACCCCAACCAGCACGUCCACCUCCCCCUCCAGCGGCGGCGGCGGGGGAGAAGAAGAAGAACUACUAGAGCCCUACGCCAAAUUCCGCUCGGCCCCACUCAACGCGCUCCAAGAACUCGGUCUCCACGUUCUAGGAAGCGCAUGGCGAAGCUACGACUCCCCCAUCGGCCCCGAAAUCUACUAUCCAGGCUUCACGGAGAAUAUGAAACGCAUGGUGCUCGCACAACCCAUGUUGAUUUCCAAAAUCUCCGAAUUGGCGAAUAAGAGAGUGGAGGUGGAAAUCCACGAGGAUGCGUUGGGUCCCAAGGGUUUAGCGGGGGAGGAAGAAAGUGUUAAAACGCGGAGAGAGGCGCGGAGGAAGGAAUUGGUGGGACAAUUGCGGGAAGUGGCGGAGGAGUGGACGGAUGAUAUGAUUCUCAAAAUGGAGUCUCGACCAUUUAUCCGCGGGGCAUAUUAUCUCGCCACGCAACUUCUCACGCGGGCAUAUCAUCAGGGUAUCCAUGUUUCUUCGGAGGAAGUGUUGCGAUUGCGACAAGUGGCCAAGGAAGCGGAGCGGAAUGGACAGAGUAUCAUCUUCCUACCCUGUCAUCGCAGUCAUGUGGAUUAUGUCAGUUUGCAAUUGGUGUGUUAUCGUCUGGGAUUGGCGCUGCCGACGGUGGUGGCGGGGGAUAAUCUCAAUUUCCCCGUCAUCGGGCCCUUUUUGCAGCAUGCGGGCGCYAUGUGGAUUCGACGCAGUUUUGGGGACGAUCAGUUAUAUGUCACGCUGGUGCAGAGUUAUGUGGAUACUUUGCUGCAGAAUGGCUUCAACAUGGAGUGUUUUGUGGAGGGAGGCAGGAGUCGCACGGGGAAAUUAUUGCCGCCGAAAUUUGGAAUUCUGUCGUAUAUUCUGGAGAGUGUGAUGAGUGGGAGGGCUGGGGAUGCCAUUGUUUGUCCCGUCAGUACGCAGUAUGACAAGGUCAUUGAGGUAGAUUCGUACAUUUCCGAAUUGUUAGGGCAGGAGAAGAAGAAGGAGGAUUUGAAGGGUUUCCUCUCCGCGAGCAAUGUCUUGAGUUUGAAAUUGGGGAGGGUGGAUGUACGAUUUCACGAGCCGUGGAGUUUACGGGGGUUUGUGGAGGAGCAGCAGAAGAGAUUGAUGACGCCCACCGCCGGACUCUCGGAUGCGGGUUUACGCAGGAGAUUGCUCACGACGUUUGGAUAUCAAGUCCUCGCGCACAUCAACGAUGUCUCGGUCGUCAUGCCCACCGCUCUGGUCGGGACAGUCCUAUUAACCCUCACAGGCCGUAGUGUAGGCCGCGCUGAACUCCUCCGCCGAGUCAUCUGGCUCUCCGACCGCGUCAAAGCAGCAGGAGGCCGAGUCGCGCAUUUCGCCGGGCAUCAGCUCGAACAUGUCGUGGAUAAAGCCCUGGAUGUUCUGGGACCGCAACUGGUCGGUYGCGUCGAGGGUUUGCCGGAGGAAAUGUACUAUGCCGAGGAUCGCUUCCAACUCAGCUUUUACCGCAACAUGACGAUCCACUUGUUCAUCAGUCAGGCGUUGGUGUGUUGUGCUCUGUAUWCCAAAGUGAAGAAAGGGGAGCGGGAACGAAUUGGGUACAAGGAACUUUACGACCAUGUCUUUUUCCUCAGUCAGUUGUUCCGUGCGGAAUUCAUCUUCCCCACUACGCCUCUGGAGGAGAAUCUUCAAACUACUCUCAAGGGAUUAGUGGACGAUGGAGUUUUGCAAAUCACGAGGGAUGAGCAGGAAAUGGGAGGGGGGGAAAUGGAAUGGAUCUCUCUGCAUCCGGAUGAAUUGGCGCUGGACACGCAGAAUUUCGAUUUCUAUUGCUAUCUCCUCUGGCCUUUUAUCGAAGCGAGUUGGCUGGGUGCCAUUUCCCUAUUCAUGCUCUCCCCUCCUCCUCCUACCACAACAGGGAGAGGAGGAGAGGAACCAUGGCUCGAAAUGAAACUCUUCGCCGACCGCGCACAAUUACUAGGCAAAACCCUCUAUCACAGAGGCGAUCUAACCUACUACGAAGCAGUCAACAAAGAAGCCCUAAAAAACGCCCUCUCCCGCUCCGAAGAAGAAGGUAUCCUCAUCGUCCUGAAGAAGAAGAACAAGAACAAUGGACAAGAUGCAGGAGGAGCGGGGACAGCAACGGAAAAAGUCCGACUAGCAAAAGAAUGGAUGCCCCCGAGAGAUUCCAGUGGGGAUUUCGUCGCCGAGGGAAAAUUAUGGGAAUUUUGUCAACGGGUUGGGUUGGCGAGACGGGUUGGGGGGGAUGGGGAGGGGAGGAAGGAAGGGGUUAGUGUUCAGGGGAGGGUUUUGGGGUUGGCGAGGGGGGUUGGGGAGGAGUUGUUUGGGGAUGAUGCCAGGGAUGGGGGCAUGCAAGGGGGGGACCUGAAGAAGAAGGUGAGGAGAGGGCGGGGGGUGAGGAGUGGGGGGAAGUUGUAG